AUGCCGGGUGGCCGGGGCGGCAGACGAACCUUCCCUCCCCGUAGGGGCAAACCCGACCUGACGGGCAUCCUAGCCCCUGAAGAGAAAAACGCUCUCGUGGCACUGAUUAUUGAGGCCACGAACAAAAUAGAACAACAAUUGGAGAAAGCCUUUGAGCCAACUCAUCCUCCGCUCUCUUCAAACGACUCCAGUAUGCCGGACAAGGAGAAUCAACCACCAGCCCAUGUUUCGACCCACAACAGCGCCACCCCUAGGGGACAGCCAAACUCGCCCAUGACGUGUAAAAGAGUUCAUCCGUCUGCGCCCAGGAAGGAUUUGGAGGCGACACUUUCAGGCCAUUCCGAGACUAUCAGAACGAAGCUUCCUCCACAGCAUGUGGAACUGAAGAAAGAACUGUUCGCCAUGUUCAAGAGGUGGGAGAACAACCUGCUUGGUCGAUUCAGAGAUAUUUCUGUAAGGGAAGCGAGAACAAUGACUACAUCGAGCUUGCGCGGGGGUCGUGGUGGCGGCCCGGGUGCGGCCCGAAUCCGACGGGGCAACCUAGGCGACCGGGAAGCCAUGCUGGGUAUGGCGACUCGCCAUCUUGUAAACGGCGGAACCUCGGGCGGGGUGAGUACCCCGGCUAACUACUGCCCAGGUCAGUCAUCGAGACCGCUACCCAAUACGUUGGAUCCGUAUUUGGCACGACGCUUUCCACCUUUGAGCACCUGGCUCAAUACCCUUCCACUAGAGAAAAGGAGGCUUCUUCUCCGCGCGACAAUCCUACUCGUCCUAUCGUUAGAAUCAUAUUCAGGCUUUGCACGGGUUCUCAUGCUUUAUGUCACAUCGUCUCUAGGCCUACCCCUGAGGGAUCUCCAUGAUGACGAGGUCCGACUGGCUCGAGGCCUGGCAAGCGCCGCUGAUAGAGUUGAUCUCGACGCAGUUCUCCAGCAGAAGACUUCUGAGAGUAAGAAAUCUCGCAAGUGGAAGGCCGCUGGCGCGGCCUUGAUCAGUACAGCUGGUAGCCUGGCCGAACCCCUCGCGGCUGCCGGGAUCGGUUGCAUUAUGGGGGGAAUCAGGCUCAGUGCACCUGCCACAGCUGGUCUCCUUGGAACCGUCGCCCACAACGGAAUUGUCGUGGGCAACAUGUUCGGAAUUUACGCCGGUCGGGAAGCGGGCAAAAUGAUCGACCAAUACGGUAAAGAUUCUGCCGACUUUGCAUUCCUUCCCGUCAGAAACGACGGAACGGAGUGUUACCGCGAUGCAAGGGCCGUCCCAUCAGCGAACCGUCGCAUGAGAGUAGUCGUGGGAAUUGGCGGAUGGCUGACCAAAGAGGACGCAUCAGUGAUUCCAUUCCAAUGUUUCGGUAGUCAGGCCGAAAGCUUCGCCUUGAGGUACGAAGUGGAGAAUUUGACGACCUUGGGGACCUCGCUCGAACUUGUCAUCAAGAGCGCAGCAUGGGGCAUCGCCAGGAAGGAGAUGAGCAAGCGUAGUGCUCUCUCGAAUCUGAAGGAGCGCAUGUGGCCACUGGACUUGGUGAGAAUUAGCAAGGUCAUUGACAACCCGUGGACAGUUGCGAUGGUGCGAUGCGAAAAAGCAGGCAUGGCCUUGGCAGAGUGCAUCGGCCGCAAGGUCCAGGGAGACCGGCCAGUAUCUCUGGUCGGGUACAGUCUCGGCGCCCGUGCCAUCUACAUAUGCCUGAUGGCGCUGGCCGAAAGACGGCAGUUCGGCCUAGUUGAGUCGGUGGUCAUGAUCGGAGCGCCCAUUCCCUCCGACGGUCGAAUAUGGCAGGUUAUGAGAAGUGUCGUGACGGGCAGAUUGGUCAAUGUCUACUCGGAAAGCGACUACGUCCUCGGGUUCUUGAGUCGCACUUCCAACCUCGAAUUUGGCGUCUCAGGCUUACAGGCGAUCAUCGGUGUGGAAGGGAUCGAGAACUGCAACGUCACUCGGACGGUCAGCGGCCAUCUGCGCUACCAGUACAUGAUUGGCACCAUCCUCAAAGGCAUCGGAUGGGAGGAUCUCGAUCUCGCACAAAUCGCCCGCGACGAGGAGACGCUUGCAAAGAAGGACAAGAAAUUCAGCAAACCCAAGGAGCAGAAGCCGGCUCACCUGCCCAUGCAGCCUUCGACGACAGUGAAGCAAAUUAGUGUUGAGAAUGUCAGCAAGCCCGACUCGCGCAUGAACAAGAUGAAGAUCCAGGGUUAG